UUUAAAAUGGCGGAGGUAAACACCUGGUGAUACCUUCCAAAUACUUAUUUUAACUGAUAGAUACGAGCCAUGCUCCUCUUUAAGCCUUAAUUUUUAUCGAAACUUAUAAGCAAUAAAUGUAGCCGAUAUUUUUAAUAAUGUAGUUAAACAACAUGAGGAUAUGGCGUAUUCGUGUGUGCGAGUGUACUUCGAAAUAGGACAUGAAGCAUCUUUAAGGAAUAAGCGUACUAUUGAAGGUUUCACUCAUGACUGGGAAGUAUUUGUGAGAGGAGUAGAUAAUGCUGAAAUUCACCAUUUUGUUGACAAAGUGGUGUUUAAUCUGCAUGAUACUUUUCCUAAACCUAAAAGAACUAUCAAGGAACCACCAUAUUGUUUGAAAGAGUCAGGUUAUGCUGGUUUUAACCUGCCAAUAGAUAUUUAUUUCAAAAACAAAUCCGAGCAUCGAAAACAGCGUUUUUUUUAUGAUUUGACAUUUCCGGAGACAGGUCCUCGAUUGACUAAAUUAAUUAAAGAAAAGGCUGAGUUUCCUAAUCCUCCUGAAGAUUUCCGGAGAAAACUUAUUAGAGGUGGUGGGGUUGGUGUCGGCAAUGAUACUACCACCAGUGCUGAAAAAACAAAUAGUAUUACUCCAAAUAGUCAUGGAGAUGAUUCUAAAUCAUCUCCCCAUUCGGGAAAACCUAAAUUAAAUAAUAGUAAUUCCGACAUACCAAAGAAACAUAAACCAAAGGAAACAUCAAAACCGGAAGAAUCACGAGGUAAUUCAUUUGCAGCUCUUUUUGGGACACCAAUAAAAACAAUUAAGCACUCCCCGACUUCUAAGCCUACUGUCAAACCUUCAAGCUCUUCAGAGCUAAAAAGUUCACAUGAAAAACAAGCAAAAGAAUCAGCAAAGAUUCCCAAACAUAGUCCACAUAAAGACAAAGAGAAAGACAAAGAAAAUUCCUUAAGUAAGUAUAAGGAUAAAGAUAGGGAUAAGGAAAAGGAUAGUGAAAAGUCAAACAAAGACAAAGAUAAAAACAAAGAUAAAGAACAUAAAGAAAAAGAUAAAAGUAAGGAUAAAAUCCUGAAAAAAUCAAAUUCUCCCAUACCCCCUAAGGAUAUUCGGAAGGACGAAAACACUAAACGACCCUCGGAAGAAAAUAAAGAUAGAAGUAGCUCGAAAAAUGACACCAUCAAGGAAAAAAAACAUAAAGAAAAAAAACAUAAAGAAGAAAGAGAGAAAAAAGAUAUACCACACAAAGAUCAUGACAAAAAGGAGAUGGAAAAAGAAAAGGUAAAUGAUAAAAUCGAGAAGAAACCAGAAAUUCCUAGAGAUAAAGAUUUAAAAGAAACUAAAUUUAAAUCAAAUGAAAAGGAAGAUAAAAAAAUUAAACCCAUAGAAAGAGAAAAAGAUCGAACACAUAUAUCAGAAAAGCAAAAGCACAAGCAUAAACGGAAGGAAAAACACCGAAAAGAAGAUGAUAAAGACAGACACAAAAAGAAGCCCAAAGAGAAAACACCAGAACCUAUACCCCCUCCAAAAGCGAAAUCGCCUACUCCGCCACCACCUCCACCUCCCCCACCAGUUCCUGCCAAAUCAGCUAUCAACCCUCUCAACAUGCUUUUUCAAGAAUUACCAGACAAAGAUUCUGAUUCAGAUUUUUCUGUAAGUAUGGAGGAAGAUGUUAAAAGUGAUCCACCCUCUGAACCAUCUCCAAAACCUAAGAUUGAGGAAAAAAAAAUUGAAGUGCGGGAAGAAAGAGAGAAGUUUAAAAAGAAGGACAAAAAGAGUAAGGAUGAAAAUAAAGACAAAGAAAGUAAAAAACGAAAGAGGAAAACCAAAGAUAAAGAUGAACCCGUUGAAAAAAUUAUUAAAACAGAAGUAAGAGAAGAACCUAUAGAAAAAUCUCCUAAGCGUGAAGAAAGAUCAGAAAGAUCCGAAUCUCCUGAAACACAGUUUACUGAAGAUUAUGUAACACAAUUAAGGGACCUUCAACAAAAAAUUAUGACUUUGCAAGAUAAUGCUGAUCUUCAACGUGUGGUCCAAGUAAUUUCAGAAACAGGUCAGUUCGAAAUAACACAAAGGACAUUUGAUUUUGAUUUGUGUGCAUUAGAUAGAAGUACGGUUAAAAGAUUACAAGAUAUGUUUAUUACCGCAUCGUAAGAUGCUACGUUUUAUUUCAUUUUUUAAAUUGAAGUAUAGAUCUAAUUUUUGUUAGAAAAAUUAUUUUGCUCAAUGUCAUUUUUUUUUUGUUUUUUUUUCUUUGGCAUUUGUCAUUUCUGAAUAGAUUUAUUGUGUACCUACGUAUUUUAUUUAAUGUUUAAAAUAACAUUACAUAAGUUUUAAUUUCCUGAUUAUUUUAUUUGUAGUUUUAUGUAAAUAGAAUCUAGAUGUAAGUUAAAUGUACAAAUAGAAACCAUCUGCCUCAUCGUUGCCUUUACAGUGGCCUGAAUUAAAAACUAUUUAGUUUUGGUAUUUGUUGAAUUUUAAUACUAUACAUUACUGUUAAAUAAUUGGUACAGACUUUACCAAAACAUACAUUGUUUUAGCAAAUACUGAACAGUUAAAAAUUUAUUAUCUUCGUGAUCAAAUUUAAUCUGAUUAUUCCAAUUGUGCUUCAUAUUAAUUGUAGGGCUUAACUUGAUAAAUUUGCUGCCUUAGGACAAAUAAUGUAAAAUGGGGUGAUUUCGAGAGUGGCUAAAUAAUAAAGAAUAUUUGCACUUUCUAUAUUUUUAUAUAUUAGCGAAAUUGAAAUUUUGUAAAUAAGUGUAAAAUAUAAUGUUUAUAUCGUAUAAAAUAUCAGAUUUAUCAACGAAUGAUAUUUAAAAAUCAGAAACAAUAGACUGACAUCACCCUCUUGAAAUUACUCCUUUUUUAAAAUUGUGACCUUAUUUGGCUACUCUCUGUGAUGAAGACCGCAAAUAUAUAAAUAUAUACAAACGUAGGAAAUAACUAUAAUAGAAAAUGAAUUUUUAUUUAUAAAAAUUGUAUAUAUGUAAAUAAUAUCACUCUAACUUAAUAAUUAAAAAACAAUAUAAAAAAGAAAAAUAAUUAUUUAGAAUGUAUUUACCAGUGUGUUAUACACAGAACUGAACAGUGUAAAUAAAUAUACCUUAAUACGUAAUGUUAUGGAUUGAUCAUGCAAUAUGUUUAUUGCCAUUAUUUAUAAUAGUUUUAAAUUAUUUAUUGCAUUUGUUAAAAUUAUAAUUUAUAAUAUGUAGUUAGAAAAUAUUGUAGUGAAAAACUAUGAAUUUUGGCAUUAGACUAAAAGUCGCUUUUGAUUAUCUUAAGCCAUCCAGUGUUGAACUAUUUAACAAGUGUGCUCUGUGUUGGCAAGAGUAGUUUCAAAAACCCUGUAAUAUUUUCAUCUGUAAAGUCAGGAAAAUUAUGUUUUCAAAAUGUGUCAUAUAUUAAAUUUGUAGCCUUAUAACAUGGUUAUAUAUUGUAUUAAAUUAGACCCGAUUUUGCUUUCUAGUAAUUGCACGCGGAAGUUAUAGCCAUGGCCAUGCAGAGAUGACCAAUUCAAUCACUACUAUUUUAGGUAGUAUCGACACUGGAAAGGUUAAGAAGCAAGGAAUAUUUAAAAAUUUAUUUUGAUUGUUGAAUUUAUAAUAAUCAAAUUUUAUUAAUUGCUUUACAUCAAAAUCUCAUGUGAAAGUCUUUGCGUUUGUAGCAAAAACAAGAUCUAAAUUUGUAUGUGAACAAAAGGGGAGAUAUCGUACAUUUACGGUUAUUGUGAUUAGGGUAAGCGUUAAAUGAAUUUCAAAGAAUGAUUAUUUUUAGAGUGUUCUAAAUUAGUGAAUAUUAUUCACCUUUGAACUGUACUUUUACAUUGUACCUGUUAUUUUGUUAGUAAUAACAUAAAAAUUAAAAUGAAAUAUAGCAAUUCUGGUGCUCUAGCAUUAAAAAACUAUCCAUUUUCAUAUUUACUUACAAUACAUAACAGCUCAUAAAAUAUUGUUUUUAGUUUUCUAGUUGAUUUUGUUCAGAUCAUUUUGCUAUUUGUGUCAUUAUUUUUAAUAUUUAUUUAAAGAAACUUUUUUUUUGUUAUAUCAUUACAUAUUUAUAUUUUAAUUCAUCAUCCAGUUAAAUAGUUCAUUUAUUAUUUUUAAAGGAAUGAAAUGAAUUUAAUUUUAAGAACAGUUAAUCAUUAUUAUUUUUAGAAAAAGUAACGUUUUAUUUUAUUUAUUUAUUUAUUUUACUGAUUUCCAUUACAUUAUAUAUUUUUUAUUUGCUGUUUCUUUAUCUUUUUCCUAAUUAAAGAAAAAAGUUAUUGAUUUUAUGGUUAACAUUAUUUAUUUAUUUUUAAUGAUUUUGUAUAACAAAAUUAAAACUGAGCUGACUGGUUCACUGUUUCAGUUAAAACGCACUUGUAAAUUUGUUUACACUAUGAAUUAUUAAAAAGAAAUAUUGUUUAUUGACUGUUAUAUUUUAGUUUAUUCUAAAGACAAAAAAAAAAACUGUUAUGUAUAUAACUUAUGAUCUCAGGUGGUGUGGGUUGUUAAGUUAAUUUUGGGGAUAUAAGUUACGAAGAACAUUAAACACACUGUGUGGAAUGUUUUGUUCUUUAAACCAGAAUAUAUUUAUAUAUAAUUUUUUUUUAUAUCCAUGAAUUUAUGAAAUAUGUUAACUUUUACUAUUAUUAUUGAAUUAUGUAAAGUGUGAAUCUGGUCUUUUGAUCUAGUGUAUAUUUUAAAUAAUUUAAUUUUUUUUUAUAUAUAUAAUUUCUUGUAAGUGUAGUUACAUGGCCAGUUCUUUCAAGGUUAAUAUUUUUCUUUUUUUAUGGUACUAGUGAAAUAUGAAGUUUAGACCCAAUUGUUUUAGAAUUUCAUUUUAUUAUUAUAUAUAUACUCUACCGUUGUAGAGAACGAAAAGCAAUAAAUACAUUUUCUUCUUACUUUUUUUUUAUAAAUAUAAAUUUUGAAAUAUCUUUUGCAAAGUAUUGUUAGGUUUUGUUUAAUGAGCUGUAGCCAUUUUUGUUUUUGUUCUUGCUAAUUGUUUCUUGUGUUACAUACAUAUAGGGUUAGUUUAAGUAUUACCAAAAUUUAGAAUAUUCAUGGUAUUUUUUAGUUAUGUUAUUAGUUACUGUUUCCAUUAUCGCUAACUUACACAAUUAGCACAUUUGUGUGUUUUUUUUACACCAAGGAGGUUCCUCAUGAACACUAAGUUUCAUGACUUCAUGUGGAUUCCAAUAACCGAAUGUUUAAUGCUGUGUGUUCAAAUGGAUCUCUAUCUUUAAUUAAUUAGUUUAUUUUACCACCUUAAAAUUAUUGGAAAUGAGGACCAUCACUAAUUAGUACUUAAUAAUUGUCAAAUGUGUUCCUUGCAAGAAACAAAAUAGCAAAAUAAUAAAUGUUUUAGUUAAAUUUGAACAUUGUGUGUGAUAGUUUGUAAAUCAGCUUUGCCUUAACCAUUAUAUUGUUGCAAAUAAUUUUUUUUUUUUUCAUUUUGUAUAUACAAAGUUAAAUAUAGUUUUAUGGCUUAUUUAUUUCUAAAUAAAUAACUUCAAGAGUG